CGUCAGGUCAACGUUCCCAAGACCCGCCGCACCUACUGCAAGGGCAAGACUUGCAAAAAACACACUCAACACAAAGUCACACAAUACAAGGCCGGAAAAGCCUCGCUAUUCGCACAGGGAAAACGCCGAUACGACCGCAAGCAAUCCGGUUACGGUGGUCAAACGAAGCCCGUCUUCCACAAGAAGGCUAAGACGACCAAGAAAGUGGUGCUGAGAUUAGAGUGCACAGUAUGCAAGACCAAGGCACAAUUAUCGUUGAAGCGAUGCAAGCACUUCGAGUUGGGUGGUGACAAGAAGACGAAGGGUGCGGCUCUUGUGUUCUAG